CUGUCUGCGGACCUCCGUCCUCCGGGGAGGCAGCAGCCUCCGCGUCUGGCCGCCGCGCUCCGCGCUGCCUCCCGGGCAGCAUGAGGAGGCUGGUCGAGCGCUGGGCAGCGGCCGCCGUCCUUCUGCUGGGCGAUCUGAUGGCCGCGGGGGACCCGGGGGCCGGAGAAGAACUUCAGCUUCACAUCGUCUGUUUCAAUUUCGAGACGGUGCAGGUUACGUGGAACGCCAGCGGACUGGCGGGGACCAACCUGACUUUCUUCUACACAUUCGAACACGGUGCGCUGCCCACUCCGUGCACCAACUACACUUUCCAGCAAGGCCGCACGACGGGGUGCUUCCUGGAGGCCGAGGACCAGAUUCUCUACUUCUCCAUCAGGAACGGAAGCCGCCUCCUUCUUGCCAUGAGCCAGUGGAUGAGUGAUUACUUGAAGCCCAAGUCCCCGAAGGACGUCCAGUUCCUGUGGCAUUCAGAGGGAGUCUCGGUGACGUGUUCUGACCUGCCCUACCCAGGUCUCCUCUACGAGGUCCAGUACAGGAGCAGCUUCGACGCCGAGUGGCAGUCCAAGGAAGAGAGGACGUGCAACGUGACCCUUGGAGGGCUGGAUACCCACAAGUGCUACUCCUUCCGGACCCGGGUGAAAACCACAGAGACCAUGUACGGUCCUCAAGCCACCCCAAGUGACUGGUCUGAGGUGACCCACUGGAAGAGAGCAGAGCUCAGAGAUUCUUGCCAGGAGGAGCGAGAUCCUCGGCGCACCCAGUCCCCCAAGCUCAUAGUCGUGUGCAGUGCGGUCACUCUGCUGACAGUGAGCCUCCUCCUCCUGUCUCUAUGGAAACUGCAGAGGGACGGAUUCAUGGGCGGAUCCACUGAUGAGAUAAGAGCCCUUGGAGUCCGCAAAUCUCCCUCUGGACAUCCCGCACUCGGCUUCCGGAGGCCGUUCCAGAGGCCAGCCGGGACUGCCCAGUACAAUAAAUGUCCAGGAGAUGGGAACAGAGUGAAGAGGCUGCUCGUGCCCAGGGUGCCGGACCCCAAGGGCACCUUCCCCGGCCUCUUUGAGCAACACCAGGGAAACUUCCAGGAGUGGAUCAGAGACACCCAGAACGUGGUCCCGCCGAAGAAGGCGGAGCAGGACAGGCACCCGGAGGAGACCCUGGUGGUGCAUCUGCUCAAGACGGAGCCCGAGGAGCCCGCGAGGACAGGACCCUUGUGUCUGCGGACGGGGGAGGAGGCGGCCCCUGGGGGGGCCCCUCGGCUGCCUCCCCAGGCCCCCCAGGGCGGAGCCGUGGUGGUCCUGGGAGGCUUGGCCUUCGUGAUGAACGACGACUGCUACAUGAUGCUGUGAGGCCGCGUCGCCCUCCGCACCCGUGUCCCCCCAGAUCCUUCCCUUCCCACCUUCCCGUCCUCCCGUUGCUCCUGGGACCCUUUGUUACGCGGCUCGGACGCUCGGUGAGCCAGGCCUGGGGCUCGGGGAGCCCAGUGUGUGUGUGUGUGGCGCUCGGUGGAACCGAACCCAAAAUCAAAUCUCCCCCCCACAUCCUGGAGCUCGGCUGCUCAGAUCCUCGCCGAGUUGCUGAGGCCGGCCUCCAACUUGCGAUCCUCCUGCCUCGGCCUCCCACCGGCUGUGCCACCUCAUGAAAUGAAGCAAGAUUGCAGGGUUGGUGGUACCGUUGGCCCCAGGACCUUGGCUUCUCUGCCGCCAGUGGCUUAGACCCUCCCGGCUCAGGAAGGCAGCUUUGGUGGAGCUCAGGAAGCAGGGCCUCCAGCACAGAGCAGCCUGGCCUUUGAGGAGGCUGUGGAAACGAACCGGAAGGGGGAUUCCCCGGACGCUGACCUUCGCUGACCUCUGGAGCUGACCCCCCUGGGAAUCGCUGACCCUCUCGCAGCUGGUUCCCCAGCUCUGUGGCUCGAGCCCUCGGGGACGCGGGGACCCCUCUCCUCAGUACCCAGGGCCUCGCCUCCAGCCACGACUGGUCGGCAUCGUAAAGCUCUCGAGUCCACAGGCCGACCUGCGCUGGCCAAGCUCAGCUCACGCUGCUUAUCCAACCGCUGCCCUCCCGCGGUUCCCGGAGUCCACGUUCCUGAUGAAACGCUGAUCAGUCUGCUGCGGCUGCCACAGCGAAGCCCCACGGCCGGGUGGUCACAACAGCAGAGGUCUAUCUCCCCCGUGCUGGAGGCUGGAGGCCCGAGGUCCAGGCGUGGGCAGGGCUGGUUCCUCCCCAGGCCUCGCUCCUGGGCUGGCAGACGCCGUCUUCUCCCUGGGUCCUCACAGGGUCGUCCUCUGUGUGCGUCUGUGUCCUCACCUCCUCUUCUACCAGGACCCCAGUCCUGUGGGGUCAGGGCCACCCUGGGGACCUCACUGCACCUCAGUCACCUCUGUGAAGACCCCUCUCCACACACAGGCAUGUCCCAAGGUCCUGGGGUCAGGGCCACCC